AUGUCUCAACCAUCUUUCACUACAACCGAAAAGACUUUCAGCUCAUAUAAUCAAGAGCAAGGAAAGGCUUAUGCUGCCGGUCGCCCAGACUACCACCCUGCUCUUUACAAGUUCAUUAUUGACCAGCAUGGCGCCACAAAAGGCCAGUUUGACACCCUCCUAGAUGUUGGUACUGGUCCAGGCAACGUGGCCCGCUCGCUCGGCGUGCAUUUCGCUCAUGUUGUCGGAUUGGAUCCAUCCGAGGGGAUGGUCAGCACUGCUCGGUCCUUGGGAGGUACCACCUCCACGGCCGAACCCAUCCGCUUUGACUUGUCCACAGCCGAAGACCUUGGAACAAACCUAUCUCCACCAAUCCAAGAUGCUAGCGUUGACCUGAUCACUGCCGGCAAUGCGGCGCAUUGGUUCGACAUGCCUCAUUUCUGGUCAACCGCCGCCCGUGUACUUAAACCCGGCGGCAGCGUGAUUUUGUGGACCAGUGGCCGGACGGGCAUACACCCCUCAGUCCCCAAUGCAGCUGCCAUCCAAGCAGAGAUAGAUCGUAUCCAGGAAGAAUAUCUUGAGCCAUAUUUCGUCCCGGGAAAUUGGCUCACUCGCAACCGAUAUAGUGAUCUACCCCUUCCUUGGACUCUGGCGACUCCUAUUAAGGAAUUUGACGAAGCCUUAUCCAGUCGGAACGACUGGGGUAUGGAGAACGACUUCUACGCCAUCAACCCCGAGGUGAACAUGGACAUGUUUGAGAAGAUCACGGCCACUGGUAGCCCCGUGACUCGAUGGCACCAGGCCCAUCCCGAGACAGUUGGUACCGAACGUGAUGUUCUCAAGAUCUAUCGGCGGGCAAUUGAGCGCCUGCUACAUGAGGCCGGUGUGGAAAAGGGCAAGGAAAUGAUAAAAGGUGCAACCCAUGGAGUUGUUCUCGUUGUGAAGAAGAAACUUUGA